AUAAACUAAAAGUGCUUUUUAAAAAAAUAUAAUUAACAAACCAUACAAAAUGAAAUUCCUUUUGAUUGCUUUCGCUUUGGUUGGCAUUGCCGCUGCUGCCACACUUCCCGAUUCGGCCACACAAGGACCAAAUCCCCAAGAUAUUGCCACACCUGAACCAGAAUACAUUGACAUCGAUUUGCCAGAGGCAGCACCUGCACCCAAGCCAGCACCAGCACCUAAAUCAUUCGCUCCUGCACCCAGACCCAUUCAACGCCCCAUUCAAGCUGCCUCUUUCUCUGCCCCCAUUGUCCAUCAACAAUUCCAACCACAAUUGCUCCAACCUCAAUUGCCCGGUCAUUUCCAUGGACAAUCUGGCUAUCAAUACAGACGUCCCGUUUAUGUCAGACGUGUGUACCGUCGUCGUUAUUAAAUCAUGAGAGAGGCUGCAUGAAGAACAAAAUACUCCCAAAACACAUAAAAUCAUGGUAAAAAAAAUAUCGCAGGAUGUUAGCAGGAGAAAUCAAUUCAUUGUAUUAUUAAGGUUUCAUUAU